UUUUAGUAGCGGUAUUUCAUAUUUGUUUACUAAUUUAAAAAGUAAAUGAUUAUAAAUAAAUUUAGACACUAUAAUGAAGGAAUCUAAACAAACUCAGACUCCUAUAGAAGAUUUAGCAGAAUUACGAAGUUAUUUCGCGAGUCAUAAUGUUGUGCGGGAGUAUAUAGCCCACAGCUCCAAAGUACAUUCUGUUGGCUGGUCUUGCGAUGGUAGAAGAUUAGCUUCGGGUUCUUUUGAUAAAAGUGUCGCGAUUUUUAACUUGGAGAGAAACAGACUAGCACAAGAUUUUAUAUUCAAAGGACAUACUGGCUCAGUUGAUCAACUGUGCUGGCAUGCCUCACAUCCUGAUUUAUUGAGUACGGCCAGUGGAGACAAGUCAGUGCGAAUAUGGGAUACUCGAUCACAUAAAUGCGCAGCAGCAAUUUCAACGAAGGGAGAAAACAUAAAUAUAGCAUGGUCGCCAAGUGGAGCCACGAUUGCUGUCGGGAACAAGGAAGACCUUGUGUCAUUUAUAGAUGCUCGCAAUUACAAAGUGGUUGUUGAAGAGCAGUUCAAUUUUGAAGUGAACGAAAUCUCAUGGAACAGCACAUCAGAUCUCUUUUUCUUGACUAAUGGACUCGGCUGCGUCCACAUUCUCACCUAUCCGGGGCUGGAGCUGCAGACGGUGCUGAAGGCGCACCCCGGCACGUGUAUCUGCAUCGAGCACGACCCCACGGGCCGGUACUUCGCCACGGGCUCCGCUGACGCGCUCGUGUCCCUGUGGGAUGUUAACGAGCUUGCCUGUCUCAGGGUCUUCUCCAGACUGGAAUGGCCGGUGCGCACCCUGUCGUUCAGUUUUGACGGAAGACUCCUGGCUUCAGCGAGUGAAGAUCACAUUAUUGAUAUUGGUGACACUGAAACAGGAGAAAAAGUAGCAGAAAUACCGGUACAAGCAGCCACGUUCACAGUAGCUUGGCAUCCAUCCAGAUACUUAGUGGCAUUCGCUUGUGAAGACAAGGAGCCCCCGGAGAGGAAACGGGACGCUGGCAACGUCAAGUUGUGGGGACUGAGCAGUAGUUAGUGUUAGUGAUUAUAACUGUGAAUUGAUUUAAGUGAAUUAAACUUUAUCGUCUGAGAUGACUUUUAAUGAUUUAUGCAAAUAGUCCAAGAAAGAUAGACUCAAUACAUUGCCUUGACCUUGAGUGAAAUGAAAUUUUUCGUCUUGCAAGGGCUUGUUAGUCCAAGUAUUGUCGCUCUUUUCCCGCAUAACUACUUAACAAGAGAAAUGUAUAAGAACGGAACGGAAUGUCAGAGGGAAUUAAAUUUAAUUACUAAUUUACAAAUGGCGGAUCACGGUGAAAAUACAUAUCCUCUAUUCCAACUUUAACAACAUUUUAUAGGAAAUUGAUGUGAUAUCAUUGGUCGAGAGCUUGAUUAAUCAAUUGAUAUUUACUAUGAAUU